AUGGCGCAACCUACCGUUGUAAGACUGCCCGCCGGCACCCCCGUGGAUGAGGUUCUCGAGGUUCUGGACCGCGAUGGUGGUGUGGUCGUCACCAACUUGAUCAGCCAGGAGAUACUGGACCAGGUGGCCCGAGAACUCAAACCACACGAACAGCCGGAUCAGGUCUGGAAAGGGAACUUCUUCCCCGAAGCCACCAAGAGGAUCUGUGGUGCCUUUGGCAAAUCGCAAACCUACGCCAAAGAAAUCUUCCUGAAUCCCUUGUACCAGGAGAUCUGCCAGCGCCGCCUCACCAUCACCAAGAAGUCAAGAUAUGGAGAUGAGAUCCGCACGUUUGUGUGCAAACCCAUUGGGAACACCAGCACCAUGUUCGACAUCGGUCCCGGUGCAGAAGCUCAACAACUCCAUCGAGAUGACGGCGUGCAGCACAUCGAGCAUCCGACCAAACAGCCCACCUUGAUGAACAUGCUCGUGGCUCAGACUCGGACAACCCCCGAGAAUGGCGCCACCGUCGUGAUCCCAGGAAGCCACAAAUGGCCCGACCUGGAGGACAGCCAUCCUCUGCCAGAGCAGGCCAUUCCCGUCUGCCUCGAACCGGGUGAUGCCCUGAUUUUUGACGGUGCAGUCUUCCACGGAGGCGGUGCCAAUGUGACCAAAGCCGAACGUCGAAAGGUCCUGGGGGCAUUCAUGGUCCAGGGUAACCUUCGAUCAGAAGAGAAUAUCUUUUUGCAUUUCAAUCCCUCCGUCGCCAAGGAAUAUCCUACUGAGGCUCUGGAGGCGUACGGGUAUAAAGCAGCCAGUUCGGGCUUGGGCUGGGUUGAUUAUAGGGAGCCACUUGAUGCGGUGCUGGGCCGUGGGAAGCCAGCUCCUGGCAGCUUGGACUUUGGCAAUGUCGGCAUCACGGUGUAA